AUUUCGAUUUAACUCUGUCUAACUACUGCUAUGACUAACUGUUCACUGUUUUUUUUCUUCUUCAAUUCUUCUGGUACUAAAGAUUCUGUUGCUUUUUUCAAUAAAAUCAAGCCUCUUCGUUUGUUGUUAGAUGUUGUUCAUCUCCAUCUUGAUUGUCAUCUUCAUUAAAAAACAUCAUUGAUGUUACAUCAAUAUCGUCAUCAUCUUCAUCCAACCAAUCUGUUGACCAGAAAUCCUUAUUAAUUGUCAUUGGCUCUUUUGCUGUUACACAAUUUUUCAAAUUAAGCUUUAUCCAGCAACAAGUCGUGAACAAUGGAAGAUGAUAAAAACAAGUCAGAUUUUGUCAAUGAGUAUCAAAUGAUGGUGCAAGAAUUACAAAACGAGUUGGAUGACCUAAGUCUGAACAAGGAUGCUGUUGAACAAGCCAUCAACGAACAAUACCAUUCAAUAAAGGCUGCUCUUGACAAAUGUUACAAACAAAUGCUUGAUGAUUUGAGCAAAGUACAUCGCGAGAAAAGGAUGCAAUUGUGGGGACAGAUUGAUCGAUGUGAAAAAAUUUCAGAAAAGAUGUCCAAUCAGCGCGAUGGUCUUAUUGAAGAAUUUGUUGAAGGUACAGGUGGUACUAAUGGUGAUGGAUCCAAAGAUAGUGAUCUUCUGACAUCCUCUCAAAGCUCACCACCAAGCUCUUUUCUUGAUUUCACCCAUGAGUCUAGUCCUGUUGGCGUUAAUUUAAAAAAUUUAAAGUUGACUAAUGGUAAAGGGGAUCAAAUUAUAUUUAACCCUGUCGACAUUGCUUCUGUAGAAUCAAUGCUGAUACCUAACUUGUUUGGUACCUUAAAAACUCAGGAAAUUGAUGAAUCUGAUCUCGAAGAGAACCCAUGCUUUUCAUUUCCGGCUGAUGUAACUACUCAAACAGCUCGAUCUCUACCAACUCUUGCACCUCAAUCAUAUAACAAUAGCGUCAAUGUAACUUCCCCUGUUUCAUUGCCUCGCUCUGGGCCUAUUGCUGUUCCAAAUAAUUCCAACUCGAAUCAUCUCGAUCUCAAUGAUUACAUAACUCGAGUCAAUCUCACUAAAUUGGCUUUUUACAACGAGAACCCAGCAGCUGCUGCUGCCGUCAUUCAACCCCGUUUGUCGUCGAUCUCAUCAUCUAUAUCAAACUCUCCUUCGCCUCAACCUUUGAUCUCCAAUUCAUUUGUGCCUUACGAUAACUCGGGCUUAGCCAUGAGUGAAACUACUGUGAACAGCUUAAACGAUCUUGCCAAAUUUCCAUCUCCUAAUGGUAUUGAAACUCAACCUUCAACAAACUUUCCUUUUCGAGCAAGCAGCGCACCGUCUGCUGGCCCUCUAGUUUCUCCAGUGCCACCCCCUUCAGUUCCUGCAGUUUCAUCUUUGAAUCCAGUUGCACUGGGCACUAACAAAUGCAAUGUUAUGCAAAUAAGGUGCAAAUUUGGUCAACUGGGUUCUGCUAUCGGUAAUUUCUCAUCACCACAUGGUUUUUGUCUUGGAGUUGAUGAAGAUAUUAUUAUUGCUGAUACAAAUAAUCACAGGAUCUGCAUUUUCGACAAAAAUGGAGAGUAUAGAUUCCACUUUGGUGUUCAAGGAAAGGAAGAGGGUCAACUUUGGUAUCCUCGAAAGGUUGCCAUGAUUCGCACACCAUUCCUAGGCAUAACUGCGCCCCGUUAUGUAGUUUGUGACAGGGGCACUGAAAGAAGUAGAAUGCAAAUUUUCACUUCCAAAGGACAGUUUAUCCGUAAAAUUGGCGUUCGUUACAUUGAUAUUGUUGCUGGAUUGGCAAUCACCCCUAAAGGCCUAAUUGUUGCUGUAGAUUCAGUUUCCCCCACUGUUUUUGUUAUAGCUGAGUCUGGCGAUUUGUUACGUUGGUUUGAUUGCUCUCCUUAUAUGAGAGAACCUUCAGAUAUUGCUGUUAACGGAAAAGAGUUUUAUGUUUGUGAUUUCAAAGGAAGCUGCGUUGUAGUCUUCGGAGAAGACGGAAAAUUUAAACGACGAAUUGGCAAAGAGAAAAUUACAGAUUAUCCUAACGGAAUUGAUUUUUCGGAUGCUGGAGAUAUUUUAGUUGGAGAUUCUCAUGGUAACCGCUUCCAUGUUGUUGUUUUUGACAAAGCUGGUAAUUUUUUGAGUGAAUUUGAGUGCCCUUAUGUGAAAGUUUCUCGUUGUUGUGGUUUAAAAAUUACCUCAGAAGGAUAUAUUGUUACACUGGCCAAAAACAACCACCACGUACUUGUUCUCAACACAUUAUAUGUAACUUAAUCAAGAAGAAACCUAAAAGGAUUAAUGGAUACAAAUCAAAAUUAUUGUAUAAAAAAGAAGAUCACUCAUACACUUUUAUUUUUAACAAACAUAUACAAAUAUUAUAUAAAUGCUACUGAUGUUUACGGAAAAAGAAGCAAAUAAUUAAAAACCUAUAUUGGUAUAAUUUAUGGGAAAAGAUUGUUAACUCGAUGACAUUUUUUGCUUCCUUUACCACACUUUAUUAUUUACCCUUUAAAGUAUUAUAAUUAUAUUUUCUUUCUGUACACUGAUUUAAUUGUUUUUGGCUUUUUUGUAACUUAUUCUGUGUCACUCCGUAUUCCUUUUUCAAUAUUUUUUGAUGUUUAUUUUUUCCUUUUUUUCCUAAUCUGCCGAUGUUACUUUUGAAAACCAUCCAAUGCAGAUUGGUAUCAAUCAUCAAUGUGUCACAGAUAACAAAUCUUUACUUAUAAAAUUUCUUUUGUUUAUGAAA